AUGCGAGCAUCGAUUUUUAAUCAAAUCAAAAUAUUAGCUAUAAUUUCUUCAUAUGCCUGUCAUGAUACACCAUCAUGUGCUGCUAAAAAUGGUUUAUUAACAAAUCAAAAAGUCACAAUAAAUAGAAAUUUUUCAAAAAAUGCAUUUUUUUCUGCUUUAUAUACUGAUAAUUAUUUACUUGGUGCGCUUACUCUUGGUUAUACAAUAAAAAAACAUCAUCCAAAUCAUCCAAUGUAUAUGAUUUAUUUUCAAGACAGAUUAUACAAUGAAAAAACAUUUUGUGCUUUAGGAAUAAUUGGAUGGAAAUUAAUGAAUGUUAAACAAAUUUCAUCAGUACCUGGUACACAUAAAAAAUAUAUUGAUCAAUUUACAAAAUUAAUUCUUUGGAAUAUGACACAAUUCGAUUCAAUUGUUUAUCUUGAUUGUGAUACAGUUGUUUUAAAUGAUGUUUCUCAUUUACAUGAACUUGUUAUGGAACCAUGGCGAACUGGUUUCGAAUUUGCUGCUGCAACAGAUGAUUGGCGUGGAACAUAUAUUAAUAAAUUUAAUGCUGGUGUAUUUGUUCUUCAUCCAUCACAACCUGUUUUUAAUGAGCUUAUACGUACAUAUACAAUACCAGGAAAUUAUCAUCCUCAUUAUGCUGAACAAGAAUUUCUUAAUCAAUUUUUUCGUCUUCGUUAUUUACAACUACCAACAACUUAUAAUAUGAAUAUGGCUAUUUAUUCUCGUAAUCAAUAUUUAUGGGAAACAUUGAAACCAGAUUUUAAAAUUGUACAUUUUACACAAAGAAAACCAUUUUUAUCAAAUGGAAAAAGUACACGAGGAUAUGAAGGUGUUUAUGAAUUAUACUAUGAAGUUUAUAAUGAUUUUCUUAGAAAUGCAAAUGUAUCUUUACUUCGAACAACUUGUUAUAUGAUUCUAUAA